UUUAUUUUGCAAAUAUGCAUAAUAUUAUACAAACAUGUUUAAAUUCGUUUAUGAACUAGAAUAAAAAUGCAUCAUUGUCUUUCUGCAUUUUGUAAAUUUCUAUUUUAUAUACAAUAAAUAAAUAAAAUAUUAUUAAUAUGUUUAAUAUUUUAAUAUGUUCUUGACAAUCCAAGGGGCAUCCUGGGCUCUGCUCAUGAACCAUCUGCAGAGGUUUGGGAGAGAAUACAACUUUGCAGGAUGGUCAAGACAGAGGAAAAGAACUCACCUUUGAAAUGAUGACAAUUUAUUAAGACGAGAUUUGUAAAUUUAUAUCCCUGUAUUUAAGUUCUCAGAAAUUUGAUCCCCAAACCAUAGAUUACAGAUCUGUUACAGUUACAAAGUCCAUUCUAACAAAAUGUCUCCAAUAAGAGAGUCCUGACUAUUAAGCCGUAAGCUUGAACUAAGACACACUGUUACAGGGCUGCCCUGGGGUGAAGACAGUAAGCUUCAACCAAGAUGAACUGUUGCAGGACUGCUCUGUAGGGAAGGCAGUAAGCUUGAACUAAGAUACACUGUUACAAGGCUGCCCUGGGGUGAAGUAUCCGCACUGCAGCUUUAAGAAUUCAAGCGCAUCUCAUCAAGAGCUGUCCUGACUCUGAGAUGAAGCCAGCUUGGCCAUUAAAAACAUGCUGCAAAUUAAUAUAAUAAUACUUUCCCAACUUAUCUGUGCUGAGCUUCGCCUAUAUAAUUCCUCUCAGCAAAGCUCUGGUGUUUUUGUUUGUUUUGUUUUUUUAUUAAGCCUCAGUCUCCUUCCUCUGUCUUUCAUGGAACUGAUUCACAGCAGAGUGGUAGCAUUACACAGCAAAAAGGAAAGCCAGCAAGCUGGGUUUAAGCCGAGAGCUAAGUCUUUCCCCAGAAAACAUGAAAUUUCCACAGAGAAAAUUCCCAAGAUGAUUAAGUUCACAUCUAGGAAAUACAAAGGAGGAAUAUUUUAAGAUUUCUGAAGACUUCAAAUGAACUUUAUAAAGGCAGUAAUUGGCAGAAAUACAAUAUAAUAUUCAAUGCAUAAAGUAUUCGGGAAGAGAAGUAAGCAUACUAUCAGUGACUUAGUGUCAGAAAAGGGACGCUGGGCCACAUGGUUCUGUUCUAAUUUAAAACAAUGGCAACAUACACAUAUGACCCCAUUGUCCUGAGGGGAGAACAGUCUUUCUCUCCUGAGGACAGCAUUAUGUUGCUUUCAACAACUGCAGCAAGCAAGCCCAGCCUACUUGUAAAGUUUGACAUCCGAGGCUCAAGCAGAAAUAAGUGGUCUGGUUUUCUUUUCCCUCAUGGUCUCCUUCUCAGUAGGCACUGUUCUGGGCCCCCCACAUCAACCACCCCUUUUAAUAAUUAGCAAAGGACAACUCAUAAAUAAUCAUUCAUUACAAGUUCUAGAAGCAGAUCCCAGGCAACAGGAUGGACUCAUAUCACAGCAGGAGCAGGUUGUAGGAUCUCAUCAUAGACAGAUGCAACCUACCAACCAGGCAGUGUGGUUCCCUUCCUCCUUCCUUUUCCCUCCCUUCUUCUUCCCCUCCCUCUCUUCCUUCCUUCACUUCCUCUCUUUCCUCUUCCUUCUUUCCAGAGUCCUUGCUUGCUGCCAUCCUCCAUUCAUUUUUAUGUAUAUAUUUUUUUUAAUAUUAAAAGAAAAAACUAAGAAAGUAGAAAGGGGGAGAAAACACCUGAUUCAUUUUAAAAUAUAUAUCUUCAUUUGUGACCCAAUAAAUGAACUUCUUAUGCAAAGACUGUAUUUCCACUUUCAUUACACAGAUCCUCAAAUUCCUCACAGUGAUUCUCUCUUGAGUUAACAUUGGAAUUUGUCCUAGUGAAGGCAUUUAGAAAUAGAGAAAUGUUCUUGCAUUCUCCAAAAAAAGUGAUUCGAAACAGACAGUAUCUUAUGCAACUAUUCAGAGAUAAGUUCAUUAAAAGUCUUGUAUCUAGAUCAUAUGUGUAGGUUCCCUCUUUAGAAUAAACCACAAACACACUGUAGUAAACUCAAUGCCAGCCUGGCAGUGUGGUAAAUCAGACACCCCUUCCCUCUUACUCUCUCUGUUGCCAGCAUGUUUCGGCUCUAGAGCUAUAAUGUCACCAGGGAGGAAAUAUGGAAAAACAUUUCUUUCUAUGAAAAACAUUAAGGAGGUACAUUUCUUUCAAAAACCCAAGACAGAAAAGGAAGGAAAAACAGCUGCUCUGGCCCUUUAAAAAAAAUAAUAAUAAUAAAGAGAUUGAAUGGUGGGUUUAACCUUCAAGUCACCUUCAGGAGAAAUACAGAAAUGAAAGAGUAAAGUAUAAAGUGGAAGAGGGAAGCAGUAGUCUUUAAUCCAUUAGCACAGUUCCCCCUUAACAGAGGGACUUAUAAGUCCCUGCAUCAGCCCCUUAAUGGCCCAGACUAGUCAACAGUUCGGGUGACAUUGAAGCUACAAUGUUAAGCUACAAGCACCAGCUUUAGCCUAAGUAAUCGGCCAUGACUUUGUUUGCAAGCAGCAUUUUCCUCUCUAUACCCGGUUGGAUGUUUAACCAUUUUUAGCUAGUUUAGAGACGAGGCAAAACAGGCUGAUUGUGAAAUUAAACAUGUGUUUCCUUGUAAAUGUCUCUGCGGAGUCAUCUCAUUGCCAAAGCCCCACAGAAAACUCGCAGCUGAAGCCUGCUUGUCACCCAUGUGCUGUCGCUGUGGAGAGCUCUUCCCGGGAGUGCACAGCAAGAUACUGCUGGCAGCUUUCUGUAGCUUAGUGAAAGCAGACAGGCACACACAGCUCAUGCAGAAGGGCUGCAUCCUUAGGCUGCUGCGGCAAUAUCUAGAUGACAUCCGGCCGAGGUCCCACCCUGCUAGCCCACAUUUGACCGACCCACAGAGUUUUCAUUUUCAUUUUUUUUUCAUGGGAAAUCAAAAAAAAAUCACAGUUUUACAAUAUUUACAAGUUAGUCCUCCACUUUGUGGAGUGUCACUCUUAGUGACUUGAGUCUGGGCUCUCCCUCCUUACGCAGUAACCAGCACUCAGCAAAUCAGAUGGGCCUCAUACCCAACCCCCUCACCCUCCACCCCUGCAGCCUGCCCGCAAUGCUGCAGUUCCACACUCUAGGACCAAAAGUUAACUCCUCAAAUGAACCCUCUUCCUUUUUAAAAUCUCACUUCUACCUUAAAAUGCAUGGGCCAAAAGCUUACAAAACUACAAAAUUCAGUCCACCAGAGAGGAAGCCAUCUGUGAUUCCUUAGUGAUGAAUACAACAACCCAGUCACAUAAUGAAACAGAGAUCAGAGAAUAUAAGCCAAAAAAGAAGGCAUUUCAGCUUGUUGUCUCUGCUUCCGAGUGCUGAUUUAUUCCGAUCCACAGCUAGCCCCUCCUGUGUGUGUCCCUCAGCUCUGGUUCUAGGACCGCAUUCCAUCCCUCACUUUGUCUGGCAGGACUCUGAACUUUUUCACUCUGAAUUUUCCCAAGCUGUAAUCCCAAAUAGAAGGGCGUUUUCACUUAAAAAUACGCAACCAAAGGAAACUCUCUGUAGAGUGUUUGUUUAACUAAACAUACUUAAAAGAUGGUUGGCCUAUUCCGUGUCAGUCGUCAAAAUACACAUGGGGAAAUAUAUUGUGUUUUAUAAAAGCGGGGGGGGGGGGGGGAUACCUGUCUUAUUCAAGAUGGGGAUGACUCUGUUCUGUAGCCUUUCAAUUAGUUUAAAACUAAUUGAGUUGCCUGGUCAGUUUUUAUAGCGCACAUAAGUAGUACCUAGACAGAAAGAUGACAAGGCAUUUUUCAAACUCAUCAUACAUUCUAUCUCCCUGGAUUUUUCAUCUCAGCUUUCAAAUUCCCCUUCCCAAGGUAUGGUUGACCUUCAAAUUUCAGGCCUUGUGUCUCCUCUUUUCCCAGCAUCUAUCAUUUGUCGGAAAAGUCAAAUUAGGUUUCAAGUCUCUAUUUGCCUUAACUGAGUUUAAUGAAUUUUAGUUGUUUUCAAAACCUGCAGUCUGUUCAUUGUGCCAACUCUGCACUGCAGAGAAGUUAGCGUGGGAUUUCCAGCUUGGUUCCUACAAACAAACAGUCACUACAAACAGGUUUAUUAUUCACUUGAGGAGAUGAGCCAGAAGUGACCCUCCUCUGGGCUCUGGCCGACAGGAACCCCAGCGGCCUCCCGGGGUCCCGCCUGGGCGCUGUCCUUGGUGCUGCCGGGUCCUUGGGCGCCCCCGCGCCUUACCUGCUGUAGGCUGCCGAGGUCCCCCAACCGUUAAGCAGACUGGAACGCCACAUCCCACUUUUAACACAAAUGACUACCCCGGCCCGUCCUCUUUGUCCCCUUCCCGGAGGUUUCGGGUCAGCCAUUCCUCAAAAACUCUCUCUUUUUUUUUUUUCUUCUGCACAACUCUCGGCUCAUCUCCGCCUGCUUUAAGACAAGGAGUAGGGGGAGGAAAGGGUGGACAAGGAAGAUAAGGAUGAAUAGAGAAGGGGAAAAAAUGAGAGUCGGGGGGAAGAGGGGUAAAAGACGAGGCGGCAAAGAAAAAAAAAAAUGUCCCAGGGGACAGAGCUCCAAGGGAAAUGCCGGAUGAGAACUAAGAAAAAAGAAGGGAGAAGGGCCACAAAGGGGGUGGGGGGAUGAUUUAAAAAAAGAUUAGCAGAGCCUAAGUCCAAAAGUAAGGAAGAAAGAGCUAAGGGGUAGGGGACAAAAGAAGAGCCAGGAGGCCGGAGAACUGCCCAAAGAGCCGGAGAGUGACUAGACAAAGAAAGGACGCUCGGCCGGCACUUGCACCAAGGCUGUGAACUGCAAACUGCAGGUGAAACGCAGAAAAGGGAGAUCUACAGGGUGACAAGUGGUCUGGGACCCAAGGGGACGCUGCAGAAGGGCCGACCGGGCUACACCCAAAUGCGGGGUCCACUGUGGCGCGGGCCCACGUGGAGCGUGGAGCGGCCGCUGAAUCACCGCAGGGCUCGUCUCCCCCUUCCCCCCACCCCCGGCCCGGUGCCCGCAGUCCCCGCCUCCUCGACCGCCGCCUCCACGGGGCGGGGCCCUGGCCCGGGACCAGCUGCUCCGCUAUAAAGGGGCUGCGGCGAGGCCGGCAGAACGCUGUGACAGCCACACACCCCAAGGCCUCCAAGAUGAGCUACACACUGGACUCGCUGGGCAACCCGUCCGCCUACCGGCGGGUCACCGAGACCCGCUCCAGUUUCAGCCGCGUGAGCGGGUCCCCGUCCAGCGGCUUCCGCUCGCAGUCCUGGUCCCGCGGCUCGCCCAGCACCGUGUCCUCCUCCUACAAGCGCAGCGCGCUCGCCCCGCGCCUCGCCUAUGGCUCGGCCAUGCUCAGCUCGGCCGAGAGCAGCCUCGACUUCAGCCAGUCCUCGUCCCUGCUCAACGGCGGCGGCUCCGGCGGCGACUACAAGCUGUCCCGCUCCAACGAGAAAGAGCAGCUGCAGGGGCUGAACGACCGCUUCGCCGGCUACAUCGAGAAAGUGCACUACUUGGAACAGCAGAACAAGGAGAUCGAGGCGGAGAUCCAGGCGCUGCGGCAGAAGCAGGCCUCGCAUGCCCAGCUGGGUGACGCUUACGACCAGGAGAUCCGAGAGCUGCGCGCCACGCUCGAGAUGGUGAACCACGAGAAGGCUCAGGUGCAGCUGGACUCCGACCACUUGGAGGAAGACAUUCACCGGCUCAAGGAGCGCUUCGAGGAGGAGGCGCGGCUGCGCGACGACACCGAGGCUGCCAUCCGCGCGCUGCGCAAAGACAUCGAGGAGUCGUCGAUGGUAAAGGUGGAGCUGGACAAGAAGGUGCAGUCGCUGCAGGAUGAGGUGGCCUUCCUGCGGAGCAAUCACGAAGAGGAGGUGGCCGACCUGCUGGCUCAGAUCCAGGCGUCGCACAUCACGGUAGAGCGCAAAGACUACCUGAAGACAGACAUCUCCACAGCCCUGAAGGAGAUCCGCUCCCAGCUCGAGUGUCACUCAGACCAGAACAUGCACCAGGCCGAAGAGUGGUUCAAAUGCCGCUACGCCAAGCUCACCGAGGCGGCCGAGCAGAACAAGGAGGCCAUCCGCUCCGCCAAGGAAGAGAUCGCCGAGUACCGGCGCCAGCUGCAGUCCAAGAGCAUCGAGCUCGAGUCGGUGCGCGGCACUAAGGAGUCCCUGGAGCGGCAGCUCAGCGACAUCGAGGAGCGCCACAACCACGACCUCAGCAGCUACCAGGACACCAUCCAGCAGUUGGAAAAUGAGCUUCGGGGAACGAAGUGGGAAAUGGCUCGUCAUUUGCGAGAGUACCAGGAUCUCCUCAACGUCAAGAUGGCCCUGGACAUCGAGAUUGCAGCUUACAGGAAACUCCUGGAGGGUGAAGAGACCAGAUUUAGCACAUUUUCAGGCAGCAUCACCGGGCCUCUGUACACACACCGACAGCCCUCAGUCACAAUAUCCAGUAAGAUUCAGAAGACCAAAGUGGAGGCUCCCAAGCUCAAGGUCCAACACAAAUUUGUGGAGGAGAUCAUAGAGGAAACUAAAGUGGAAGAUGAGAAGUCAGAAAUGGAAGACGCCCUCACAGCCAUUGCAGAGGAGUUGGCAGCCUCCGCCAAGGAGGAAAAGGCAGAGGAGGCUGAGGAGAAGGAAGAGGAACAGGAAGCCGAAAAGUCUCCCGUGAAGUCUCCUGAGGCUAAGGAAGAGGAGGAAGGGGAAAAGGAGGAAGAAGAAGGCCAGGAGGAAGAAGAAGAGGAAGACGAAGGUGCCAAGUCAGACCAGGCGGAAGAGGGAGGAUCUGAGAAGGAAGGCUCCAGUGAAAAAGAUGAAGGCGAGCAGGAAGAAGAGGGAGAAACUGAGGCAGAAGGUGAAGGAGAGGAAGCGGAAGCUAAGGAGGAAAAGAAAACUGAAGAAGUGGCUGUCAAGGAGGAAAUCAAGGUAGAGAAGCCAGAGAAAGCCAAGUCCCCUGUGCCAAAAUCACCAGUGGAAGAGGUAAAGCCAAAACCAGACACCAAGGCAGGGAAAGGCGAGCAGAAGGAGGAAGAGAAAGUUAAAGAAGAAAAGAAGGAAGUCGUCAAGGAAGCACCCAAGGAAGAGAAGGUGGAGAAAAAGGAGGAGAAGCCAAAAGAUGUGCCAGAGAAGAAGGCCGAGUCCCCAGUAAAAGAGAAGGCUGUGGAGGAGGUGAUCACCAUCACCAAGUCGGUAAAGGUGAGCCUGGAGAAAGAUGCUAAAGAGGAGAAGCCUCAGCAGCAGGAGAAAGCGAAGGAGAAGGAGAAGCCAGAGGAGGAGGGAGGGAGUGAGGAGGAAGGAAGUGACCGCAGCCCACAGGAAUCCAGGAAGGAAGACAUAGCUAUCAAUGGGGAGGUGGAAGGAAAAGAGGAGGAACAGGAAACUCAGGAGAAGGGCAGUGGGAGGGAAGAGGAGAAAGGGGUGGUCACUAACGGGCUAGAUGUGAGCCCAGCGGAUGAGAAGAAAGGGGAUGAGGGCAGCGAGGGCAAAGUGGUGGUGACCAAGAAGGUAGAGAAAAUCACCAGCGAGGGGGGCGAUGGUGCGACCAAAUACAUCACCAAGUCUGUAACCGUCACUCAAAAGGUCGAAGAGCAUGAGGAGACCUUUGAGGAGAAACUAGUGUCAACUAAAAAGGUAGAAAAAGUCACCUCACACGCCAUAGUCAAGGAAGUCUCCCAGGGUGACUAAGGUUUGAGCCCACUGCAAAAGGUUAAGCCAUACGACAAUUUCAAAAUGCAUGUGAUUGACAGCUUCAAAACAGAAUGGGUUCUCCCAUGGGGGCUCCAGACAUUGUAUUUUUCCUUUGUGCAAUAUGAGGGAACUGCAUGCAAGCUCAGGGUGCCUCCUCCGCAGUCUUGGGGGGAUUCAAAUGCAUGAUCGUAUAUGUACCUGGGGAAUUGCCAGUGUCCUGAGAUGUUGGAAGAGGGGCACUCGGGGGGAUGUCUUGAGGUGUAUUAUGCAAAGUACCAACUGAGCCAAAAAAUAAUAAGUGAAACAGAACUCUCUUAGCCUUAAGAAAGCUAUAUAUGAAUACUUAUGUUUACCUCACUGGUGCAUUUCAAAUGGACUUCUGUUCAUGGGAGAACCUUGCUGACCUGCAGUUUGCAACCUUAUGUUGAUCGAUGUUAAACGUCACAUCAGUCCUUGCUCAAUAAAGGUCAUACUGGAAACAUAA